GUGAGGCCCUUGGCGGCGGUAGAGAUGCUAUGGGCAAUGUCAAAGGCUUGGGAAAAACCAAUCUCACGACAGGUGGAGCUUUAGAGGAUAAGGGUGAUGCAUCGGGUCGCUUGGGUAGCUCCUCAGGCUACUUUGGUGGCACCUUGGAUCACGCAUUCGUGGGUGACUCAAGCCUCAGUGUAGGCUGGCUAGGUGCAGGCAUUGCUGGUGUAAUUGAUGGAGGGGAGACCGCAGACAUGGAUAUGGGUGGUGAUGAAGGUAGAAGAUGCACAGGUGGCACCCUUCGUGCAAAAGGCGACGCCAAUGUCGACCUAGGCAGCGCCACUUCAGCGAUUGAGGCAGGCCUGUAUAGCGGUCCAGAGCAGGCAGUGGGCGAUGCCGAAGCCUAG